AUGAAUCCAACUGACUUAUUGUUGGCCUUUAUCUUUCUUGCCCAGAUUGGAAUUGGACUUCUAGGGAAUUUCUUCCUUCUGUGUCUUUACACCUUGACUUUCCUCACUGGUCACAGGCUAAGACACAUAGACUCUAUUUUGGUCAAUUUGGUCUUGGCCAAUCUGAAAGUUCUUCUGUCCAAGGGUCUCCCUCAGACAAUGUUCUAUUUGGGAUUGAAAAAUUUCCUGGAUCCUCUUGGAUGUAAACUUAUCCACUACCUUCAAAAUGUGUCCCGGAGUGUAUCUCUCAGCACUACCUGCCUCCUGAGUGGUUUUCAGGUCAUCACCAUCAGUCCCAGUAACUCUAGGUGGUCAGAACUCAAAGCUCGAGCUCCAAAGUAUGUUGUCCCUUCUUGCCUCUUCUGCUGGUGCUUCUACCUGUUGAUAAAUUUCACUUUACUUGGGACCAUGCAUAACUCAAGGUUCAGGAACAACAACACAAGGUGGUGGCAUCUGGGAUACUGUUCAAGUUCAAGUCCUACCUCAUUUGAUUCUUCAGUCUAUUUAAUUAUCUUUGCACUUCCUGAUGUUAUGUGUGUGGAAUUCAUGAUAUGGGCCAGUGCCUACCUGGUUUUUCUUCUGCAUAAACACCAUCAACAAGUGCAACAUAUUCACAGUCUCCAUCUUUCUCCCAGAACUUUGCCUGAGAUAAAAGCCACCCAUGCAAUCAUUUUACUGGUUUGCACAUAUGUCUCUUUCUAUUCCAUUGAUUCCAUCUUGUCAUUUUGUUGCUUUCAUUUUGAUAAAUAUCACUCCUUUCUCACACCCAUUGGACAAUUCAUGGCUGCCUGCUUCCCAGCUAUCAGUCCAUUUAUCCUGAUUUUCUAUGAUUCCCAAAUUCACAGACACUGUUAUGAUCUAUGGUUCAAGAAAACUCCUCAAUAA